UGCUGCUGCUGCUGCUGCUGUUCCCCCUCACACCCCACCUCCUCCCCCAGCCUCCGGCUCCCCUGCCGCCUGGGCUACGAAGACAGAAGGACAGAGGGCCCACGUGAGCCUCAGUAAGUGUGGUUGAACCCUCUCAGGCUCCCCUUGCCCAAGAUUCCGCCAGACUCCUCCAGCCUCUGAGCAGGUUGAAGUUCAUGAGUUCACCCAGCCUCAGUGACCUGGGCAAGAGAGAGCAGGCAGCCUUGGAUGAGCGAGGAGCCCAGCAGCGCCAGGCCUGCUCCAACGCCACCUGGAACAGCAUCCACAAUGGAGUGAUUGCUGUGUUCCAGAGGAAGGGCCUUCCGGAGCACCAGCUGUUCCACCUGAACGAAGGAGUCAGGCAGCUGCUGAAAACUGAGCUGGGCUCUUUCUUCACGGAAUAUCUCCAGAACCAGCUGCUAACCAAAGGCAUGGUGAUCCUGAGGGACAAGAUUCGUUUCUAUGAAGGACAGAAGCUUCUAGAUUCUUUGGCCGAAACCUGGGAUUUCUUUUUCGGGGAUGUCUUGCCCACACUCCAAGCCAUUUUCUACCCCGUUCAGGGGAAGGAGCCCUCCGUCCGCCAGCUGGCCCUCCUGCACUUUCGGAACAUUAUCACGCUCAACAUUAAGCUGGAAGAUGCCCUCUCGAGGUCUCGGGCCAGGAUCCCCCCCUCCAUUGUCCAAAUGCUGCUGGUCCUCCAGGGUGUCCAUGAAUCCAAAGGCAUCACAGAAGACUAUUUGAAGCUUGAGGCUCUGAUCCAGAAGGUGGUCUCCCCCUACCUGGGUACCUACGGCCUCUAUUCCGAUGACGGACCCUUCACACACUCCUCCUGCAUCUUGGAAAAGCGCUUUUCCCGGCGCCCCAAGGCAGGCGACGCCCUGGCCAAGAACCCGGUGGUCCGCUCCAAGAGCUACAACACGCCGCUGCUCACCCCGGUGGCGGAGUACGAGGCCGAGGGGCUGGCGGCGGGCGGCGCCGGCGUCCGCAGACACUCCGUCUCCGAGAUGACGUCGUGCCCCGAGGCGCAGGACUUCGCGGCCCUCGGCGCCGCCCUUGACCUCGGCUCCCAGGGCUCGUCCCUGGCGGCCGAGGCCGAGCGCUCCGCGGCCCAGGCCCGGCCCGGGGGCCCGUGCCGGCAGCACCGCGAGCCCAGCCCGCCCUUCCGCCUGGCCCGGGCCGGAGCUUCAGCCCCUUCCUCCAGCCCCGAGAACCUCGUAGACCAGAUCCUGGAAUCCAUGGAUUCCGACUCGGAAGGGAUCUUCAUAAACUUUGACCGAGGACGCUCGAAGGCCGCGGGCUACGGCGUGGACGGGGGCAGACAGAGCGUCGUGUGACGGCUCCCGGCGGAAGGACCGCCCGGCUCGGGGCGAGGCCAGAACAUGUGUCAGAGGCGGCCAGGACGCGGAGGGCAGCCUGCGCUGGGAGGAGGGGCCCGGGCACAACGCCCUCCCUCCGUGAGCCUCGGCCUCCUGUUAAAUAGGGGGGGAAAUCCCUGCCCUGCUGACCUCCCGGGGCCGACCUGAGGAUCCCAGGAAAUAAUAAUACGUGCCGAGGCACUUUGGAACUCUGCUGCACUGUGUGUAGGGUGUGUGUGUGUGUGUGUGUGUGUGAAUGAGAGAGAAUGAAUGAAUGAGAGAGACAGAAAAUGAAUGCGAGAAAGAGAGCGAGAAUGAGAAUAUGAGAAAAUACAGGAACCAUUGGAUGUAUUUUUUCACUCCCUGAAUUUCUCAGUCCCCUCCCAUCAGGUUUUUUGCCCCUGGGCAGGGCUUCCCCAGGGGAGGGGCUUUCCCAGUGGAUCUAUCUCAGCGCUCCUGCCCCUUUCUCCCAGGGACUCUUCAACCUCGGAGCCUUUUUUUUUUUUUUUUUUUUUUGCAUUCUCUAUCAACUGAUCACCAAGUGUUUUCCCUGCCCCUGGCACUGGGCAAGGCCCUGGAGAUACAGAUGAAUAAUCCAGCAGUUCUUGUCUCGAUGGAGCUCACAUUCUGCAAAGGAAUAUAACAGAACUAUAUUCAAGUAAUAAGCUAGCCAAGAAACACAAAGGGGUUUUCAACCAGAAGGACACUAGGAUUGAGUUUUUUGAGGCUCAGCCACUGGGCACUGGGUCGGUGAGCAGCCUUGUUCUCAGUCCAGGUUCACCCCAGAACCUCCCAGGAAAUAGGAAUAUACCGAGGCUGGCCAGCAUAAGUGGGUCACCCAAACACACACACCUCCCUCAGUCCCCUUUCAGGGUCAGCAUUCCAGGAGAGACUCCCAGGGAAAGUUGAGAGGGAAGCCUCUCAACGGGGCAGCCAAACCCUGUGAACAGCAGUCUCUCUGGGUCAGGGUCACUCCCCUAAAAGUGCCCCAAAGCUCCCUGGUUAUCACCCGUCUGUCACCAGGGACAGUAACAAUCAAGAUUUCCCACCCCUCGAUCCCCACCAAACAAGUGCCCUCCAUGCGUUGGGGCUGCUGCCUCCUCCUGAUCCUAUCCGUAGCCUGGCCGUGAUGCUGGCAGCCUGGGCCCCCCGCCCCACCCCCAGCAGUGAUAGCUCAGCCCAAAAAUGGUCUCUGUUGCUGAAUCUGUGACUGGAAACAGCUAAAGAAAGGUGCUCCUCUGGAGCUGGUCUCCCCUUCCUCCUCUCCCCAGCUCAGGCUGCCUCUUCCCAGGCUCCCUAGACACACGAUGACAAAGAGGAAGGAACGUUCCCAGAGUAGCCUCCUUAUUUAUUGAGCAGGCCUGGGUCUGGCUGCGAGCAGCGCAUGAAUUUAGGCACAGAAGGAGUUUCCCUGCCUCUCUCCCAACCCCAUCCAGGACUAAGGUAGUUUGCAAAAUGAGGAGGCUGGGAACCAGAGCCUUGCCUUCCCACCUGCCUUCUGCACUCAGGCUGUGGUUCUCGAUUUUCCCCUCACUGGUCCAAGUCCCCCACAGUCUUGGAUACUUAAAUAAAAAUCCAUGAAUAUAAAA